AUGCCCUCUCAAUCGCAAGCAGCAGGCAAGCGAAGGAUACGACGCGCAGCAGACGAUGAUUCCGAUGAAGAAGCCACUCAAGCGAGUAGCAACAAUCUCACCGCUACAGAAGUUAAGCGUAUGAGUCAAAAACUCGUUCGACUCGCCCUCUCCCUUGAGCAUGCACGCUUGCCUAUUCGUCGUGACUUGAUCACCAAGGAGAUUCUUCAAGGUGCGCCGCGACGUGCAUUUGCAGCUGUCUUUGAGGCUGCACAGACGAGCUUGCAAGAAGUCUUUGGUAUGAGGUUGGAAGAAUUGCCUGCAAAGGAUAGAAAGAAGGGUAUGACUAUGACACAAAUGCGCAAACUGGCACAUACACAAGCAACGGCAGCGACACAGCCUGGGACACAAGCGUCGCAGAGUGCUCGUUCAGCCGCUGUGGGUACACAACAAAAGCAAUGGGUCCUGAGAACCACCUUAUCGCCUGAAAUACGCGGUGCGACGAUGGGUGUAUUUGUCAAAGGUGAGGCCUUGUAUAAUGCAGUGUCGGGUGUGAUUCUGGUGCUUGUGAGCAUGUCGGCUGAACAAACAUGCAGCUCAGUCAAGCUCAACCAGUAUAUGCAUCGUCUUGGGUGGGAUAUUGAUACACCUGCCGGGAAACUGGAUGAUGUUCUCAAACUGAUGCGGAAGCAAGGGUACUUGGAUUCCUGCAAAGAUGACUCGUCUACGGAAGCGGGCGGUGUGCUGCACUUCUUGGGCCCACGCGGCAAGAUGGAGACGUCGAGAAAUGUGAAGAACCUGGGCAACUUGGUGAAGAAGCUGUACAAUGCAGAACCUGGCUCGGCAGCAGCGAAGAAGGUGGAGGCAUCCAUCAAGGGGACGCUGUCUGUUGCGCUGGGUGAGGAGGAGGAGGAAGAGGAUGCUGCGUCUGGCGACGAGGUUGUGUAUGAGGAGGUAUAG